AUGAGCCGAGAAUCGGAUGACCACUUUCUACGAUGUGAUUUUCCUUUGCGGCGUCAGUGUACGUGCAGAAAGUUGCCGGUUCAAACUGCGCAACUAAUGAGAGUUCAUGUAGUCACACCGAAGGCGCCAAUCACUGUUACCAUUCAGCCGGAAGUAGAGGUUGGUUAUAGUGCUACGGUUGAGAAGGUCAAUUUCGGUUCACAGGGGAGGCGCCGUUGCAAGGCUUUCAUAAGGCCUAGGUAUUAUAUUUUGCAACUGCCGUUCAUAUAUUCUGGCCCAGCUGGAGUCUGGAUUCCUCCGGUAGGAGUGGAGCGGGUUGGAACAUUCAAAGGAAAUGCGAUUCAAGUGAAAUAUGUGCCAAUGUUGUCAAGAAGGUGA